CGUAGAAUCCUCUGGCCAUAAGACAGCAGGUUGCCCCUGACUACCCAGAGGACGCGGAGCACCCCACAGAGGAACUUUAAAGGGACUGAAAUCUGUUGCCUGUUCCACUAGGAAUAUUGUUUGCAAGGCACAAGGUGUCUUUUGGUAGUGAGCACCCUCUGCGCAUGCGCAGGUCCAGUCGGGAAUUACUGCCCAGCCGCUGACUAAGUUGCAUUCCUUGAAUCUUCGCAGAAAAGACAAUUCUUUAAUCAGAGUUAGUAAUGUGGACAGUACAAAAUCGAGAGAGUUUGGGGCUUCUCUCUUUCCCUGUGAUGAUUGCCAUGGUCUGUUGUGCACACAGCGCCAAUGAACCCAGCAACAUGUCAUACGUGAAAGAGACAGUGGACAGAUUGCUCAAAGGAUAUGACAUUCGCUUGAGGCCGGACUUUGGAGGGCCCCCCGUGGACGUCGGGAUGCGGAUCGAUGUGGCCAGCAUAGACAUGGUCUCCGAAGUGAACAUGGACUAUACACUUACCAUGUACUUCCAGCAGUCUUGGAAAGACAAAAGGCUUUCUUAUUCUGGAAUCCCACUAAACCUCACCUUAGACAACAGAGUAGCUGACCAACUGUGGGUACCAGACACCUACUUUCUGAAUGACAAGAAGUCGUUUGUGCAUGGGGUCACUGUGAAAAAUCGAAUGAUCCGACUGCAUCCAGAUGGAACGGUUCUCUACGGACUCCGGAUCACAACCACAGCUGCCUGCAUGAUGGAUCUUCGAAGAUAUCCUCUGGAUGAGCAGAACUGCACUCUGGAGAUUGAAAGUUAUGGCUACACCACUGAUGACAUUGAAUUUUACUGGAACGGAGGAGAGAAAGCCGUAACCGGAGUCAAUAAAAUUGAGCUUCCUCAGUUUUCAAUUGUUGACUACAAGAUGGUGUCUAAGAAAGUGGAGUUCACAACAGGAGCAUAUCCACGAUUAUCACUAAGUUUUCGUCUAAAGAGAAACAUCGGUUACUUCAUUUUGCAAACCUACAUGCCUUCUACCCUGAUUACAAUUCUGUCCUGGGUGUCAUUUUGGAUCAAUUAUGAUGCAUCUGCAGCCAGAGUCGCACUAGGAAUCACCACAGUUCUGACAAUGACAACCAUCAGCACUCAUCUCAGGGAGACCCUGCCAAAGAUCCCUUAUGUCAAAGCGAUUGAUAUUUAUCUGAUGGGUUGCUUUGUGUUUGUAUUCCUGGCUUUGCUGGAAUACGCCUUUGUAAAUUACAUCUUUUUUGGUAAAGGCCCUCAGAAAAAGGGAGCAAGCAAACAAGAUCAAAGUGCCAAUGAGAAGAACAAACUGGAGAUGAAUAAAGUUCAGGUUGAUGCUCACGGCAACAUUCUCCUCAGCACCCUGGAAAUCAGGAACGAGACCAGCGGCUCCGAGGUGCUCACGGGCGUGAGCGACCCCAAGGCCACCAUGUACUCCUACGACAGCGCCAGCAUCCAGUACCGCAAGCCCAUGAGCAGCCGCGAGGGCUACGGGCGCGCCCUGGACCGGCACGGGGUGCCUGGCAAGGGUCGCAUCCGCCGGCGUGCCUCUCAGCUCAAAGUCAAAAUCCCCGACUUGACUGAUGUGAAUUCCAUAGACAAGUGGUCCCGAAUGUUCUUCCCCAUCACCUUUUCCCUUUUUAAUGUCGUUUAUUGGCUUUACUAUGUACACUAAGGUCUGUCCCAACAGUUCAAUUUAGACUACUUCCCUCCUCUCUUGGUUUUUAACCCUGCAGGUCACCAACAGCGACCCCGCUGUGUCUUCUGAAGUAAGAGAUACAGCCUCCCUUUGAGUUUAGGUCUUAGGUACCGACUUUAUUACUUCACCAUGUUUAUUUCAAGAAAAACAAAACGAAACCUACAACUGUUUUUUUUUUGU